GGCGUUUUGGCACUUUAGUCAAACCUUAACUUCCGUUCUAACAACACACAACUCAAAAAUGUGCGCUCGAAUAAACUACAUUGCGAUAUUUUCGCUUUUCUGUGCACUUACUGGAGUUAGCACAGUAGUUGGCUAUGACAACAACCGGCCACAGAGACGACAUUUUUCUACUGCACACACCGAUGCUGAUACAAAUAGCGAAUACUUGCCAAUAGCAAGAGAUCAGCAUCCAUGGGAAAGGCGAUCAAUUCCACGCUUCCCUGGCGGUCCCGAGUUAAAUGUGCCGCGAAACAAUCCCAAUUAUGGAGAGUCUGAACUAAGCUCAGAGGAAUCGACGGCAGCUGUUAUUCAACAUGCUACCAGAGUUCGUCCAGCAGCGAGACUAAAUGGAAAUGUGUUAGACACUGAAGUGAGCAUGCCCGAUCAUGCACAUCAUCCAUGGCGUUUAGAAAGGCCACAUAGAAGACACGAAUUUCUUCAUUCUCGGUGGCGUGGAGCUCCCUAUCAGCCAGAUUCUGAGGAAUCAAGCGAAGAAAUAGAAAAAACGGUUAAUCGUCGGCGGUUUAAUGAGGAAUCGGAACAUAAUUUCAGAACAUCUACGGUGAACGUUAAUCCUGGCACUGGAAGUGCGACUGUUACUAUUCAUCGUUCAAUAAAAAUAGUACCAGCGGCGGGUUCGGUUGGAAAUGUUUUGGACACAGGAGUGAUAGCGACCGAUCCACACCACCCGUGGCGUGUAGAAUGGCCACAUAGGCGGCAUAGAUUUCAUCAUCUUCGAUGGCAUAGUGGCCACUUGGAGCCAGGCACUGACGAAUUAAGCGGAGAGGAUGAACAGCCGGACACCAGAAAUGGGAAUAGUUGGUUGCAGCCACGUAAUAGGAAUGAGGAUAAUGAAGGCAGGGAAAAUGAAAAAAGUCCGGCAGUUGCUAAUACCAGCACGAGUACUACACUAGUAGAAACGGCGACAUCUUCUACAAGCGAAGAAACUACUGUAACAAAAACUACUGAAAAAUCCAUAGCGCUAGAUGGGACCACAAAAACAACACCAACAACUGAUGACACAUCAAUUUUUAACACCACCGAGGAAACGAUUGGCAUUGAUGUGAGAGGCGGUUUCGCUUGAGCUACGCAUUUAUGCGAUAUGUGAACAAAGUCAAAAAAUGUGUAAACUCAAAUAAAAGUUCAAAUCUUACUGAUUACUAAUAAAAUUGUAAGUGUAAUUGGGCCCCAAUC